AUGGAACGGUUGAUGGGUCGCCUGCCCCCCGUUCCGGCCUGGUGGCUCAACGGCUCGAGCCCGGAGCUGCCCCAAUUGCCCCCUCACUCGGCCUACGCCCGCCCUCCUCAAGCCCUUCUCGAGGCCGGCGACAAGCUGGGCGGCAUGACAGACGAUCUCGCCACCGCCCUCAACGCCAGCACCGGCAACACCACGGCCAGCCGCGUCUGCUCUGCGCUGCUACACAACAACAACGAUGAGGGGGACAAUCUCUACCAGCACCUGCUGUGCUCGGACGAGGUGGUUCAGGCCCUGGCCAAGGGCAGCAGCGCCAGCUACUACGACCUCACCCGCUGCUCGCCGUCCAACUACGACCUCGGGUGCCUGGCCGGCUUUUUCUCGCUCGACCCGGCCGAGGCCAGCCAGCGCCGCCUGUUCCUCAACGCCUUCUACCCGACCGUCCAGUGCUGCCCGGGCCACUACUGCCCGAUGGGCGUCGUGUGCAUGAUCCCCUGCUCAGCCGGGGCCUACUGCCCGCCGGUGCGCGCCGUCGACAACGACACCUUCUGCGACCCGUACGCCACCGUGGCCACGCCCUACCUCGGCUGCGGCGGCGCCGUCGACAACCACGCCUGCCCGGCCGGCUCCUACUGCCCCAACACCACGACCACCCUCCUCUGCCCUGCGAACCACUACUGUCCCUCGGGUUCACGGAGGCCGCAGCGCUGCCCGCAGCUGGCGGCGUGUCCGCCCGGGGCGUCGGCGCCCGAGCUGGACCUGGGCGGGCUGGCCAAGGUGCUGGGCGUGCUGGGCGUGCUGUUCCUCUUCGUGCUGCUCGGCCGCCGCCGAUCCAACCGCAGCUGGGAACGCGACAUCACCGCCCGGCGGUCGCAGAACGCCGGCGUCAAAAAGACCGCCGAACCGAUCGAUGAACAGGAAGCGGAUGUCGACAUGCUCAAGCUCCAUGAGGCCGAGGAGCAGUGCCUGCUGCUGCCCAGCCGCGAGGUGCUGCACCGGAUCGAUAUCGAGCUGGACAACGUCGGCGUGCAGCUCGCCGGCAGGUGGGCGCUCAACGGAGUCACCGGCAGGCUGUCGGCCGGGCGGGUCACCGCCAUCAUGGGUCCGUCGGGCGCCGGCAAGUCGGUGCUGCUCCACACCCUGGCCGGCCGGCAGGUCGGCGGCAAGGCCAAGCUCAGCGGUACCAUCCGCCUCAACGGCAGCGACUGCGUAUCGCUGGCCGACUGCCGGAGCGUGGUGGGCUUCGUGCCGCAGGAGGACGUCAUGCACCGCUCGCUCACCGUGUUCGAGAACGUCGACUUCAACGCGCAGUGGCGCCUGCCCCGCGCCAUGAGCCGGCGGCAGAAGACCGACGUCGUGUUCGCCGCGCUGGACGUGCUGGGCCUGGACAACCCGCGCGUCAUGCGAACCCGCAUUGGCGACGACGCCGAGCGCGGGGUAUCGGGCGGCGAGCGCAAGCGCGUGAACAUCGGAAUGGAGCUGGUGGCCCAGCCCAGCCUGCUGCUGCUCGACGAGCCCACGUCGGGCCUCGACGCCUCGACCAGCAUCGACGUGGUGCGCGGGCUCAAGUCCGUCGCGCAGUCGGGGGUCAACGUGGUGGUGGUGCUGCACCAGCCCCGGGUGGAGAUUCUGCGCCUGUUCGACGACCUACUGCUCCUCGCGCCCGGCGGCCGCACCGUCUACGCCGGGCCGACCCAAAACGCCGUCGCGUACUUCAACGGCCUGGGCUACGCGCUGCCCGACCAAUGCAACCCUGCGGACUUCUUCCUCGACGUCAUCUCUGGGUCGUUGCCGCGCAACAACGGCGAUGGGUCAUUGGCUGCGGCGGCAGGCAGCAAGAACGACCAUGCGACCUACCUGGUCGAGCAGUGGGAAGCGCAGCGAGCCGUAGCGGGAGCGUACAAGGACGAUCGUCUUCAUCACAGCUGGUCCCGCAGCCUGGUCGAUCUGCAGUGCCUCGACCGUCAGACGGCGGGCGUGCUUGCACAGACCUGGCUGUGCACCAAGCGCGCGGUCAUCCAGCGCACGCGGGAACUCAACACGGCCCUCACCGACUACUGCCUCGUGGCCACCGCCGGCCUCGUUCUCGGCCUUCUCUUUCACGCCGUGGAACUCGACAAGGUGCCCAGCGUCAACUUGUUCAUCAGCAUGGCACUCGGCUUCGCGGCCACGCAACAGGCACUUCGGCUGUUCGGCGCCGAGCGCACGGUGUUCGCUCGCGAGGCCGACACCGGCAUCAGCCGCCUGGCCUACUUCCUCGGCAAGAACCUGGCCGCGCUGCCCGACCUCUUCAUCCUCCCCUUCAUCUUCCUCUCCAUGUUCUACUCCUUCUCCAACCCGCGCGGCGCCUUCGUCGACUACCUCGUGCUCCUGCUCGCCGCUCAGUGGGCGCUGAGCGGCGUGGGCCACGUCAUCUCGGUGGUGCUCGACCCGGCCAAGGCCCAGCUCGCCGCCGUCGUCGUUACGCUGGUGCUCAACGGCAUCAGCGGCUUCUCGCCGCUCAAGAGCGAGCUGGGCCGGUUCGGGGCGGUCUGCUACGCGUCGUACGGCUUCUGGCUCACCGAGGCCCUCUUCUUGAUCGAGGCCCAGCACUACCCGGACAUCUACGCCCCGGCCAAGAGCGACAUUGCGGCCAUGUUCGACUUUGACGCGGCGCGCGGGGUGGGCGUGCACGUGGGCGUGCUGGUGGCCAUGGGCGCCGGGUGCCGUCUGGUCUGCCUGCUGGCGCUUGAGCUCACCCGUCGGGCCUGGCCCUCGCCCCGCCGCCUCUGGCAAAGCGUCGCCAGCAUGUCGGCCUGCUCCUAUCACACUAUUUGA